AUGUGGCGCAGUGUCAAACGUAGAGCCCCCGACCGCUGUGAGAAGAUGGCAGCAUCCAUCCCCACCACUGAGGUUGGCAUGGCCUCUGGAGAAGGGGAAGGGGGAAAGUGGAACCCCAAGGAGAACCCCAAGAAGGACCUCAAGAAGAACCCCAAGGAGAACCUCGAGAAGAACCCCAAGAAGAAUCUCAAUAAGAACCUCAUGAAGAACCCCAAGAAGAAUCUCAAUAAGAACCUCAUGAAGAACCCCAAGAAGAACCUCGAUAAGAACCUCAACAAGAACCCCAAGAAGAAUCUUAUGAGGAACACCCCCACCUGGAUGGGGGUGUAUGGGGGCAAUAGGGGCAAGACGAAGGGCAAUAGGGCGAAUAAACCUACCCUCUCCCAGGCUGCUGCCCCCUUCGCUCCCCCUGGCCCCCCCUGGGCCCUGCCACCGCCGCCGGGGGGUGACAUUGGGGGUGUCCCGGGGGGGUCGAUCCCGAUCCCCGACCCCGAUCCCGAACCGGACCCCGGGGAGCUGGCGGCCGCCCGGGCGGCGCUGCGGGCCCUGGACCCCCGGGAGCUGCUGCGGCAGGACGAGGAGGGCGACACGCUGCUGCACGUGCUGUGCGCCAGGGGGCUGCGCGCCCCGGCCCGGGCGGCCGCCGAGGUCUUCAAGGCGCUGGGGCAGCUGGAGCUGCGCGAGCACCGCGGGAAGACCCCCCUGCUGGUGGCAGCAGCAGCGGCAGCCCCGGGGGUCCUCGGGGACCUCCUGGCCCUGGGCGCCGACCCCGAUGCCGCCGACCACCGUGGACGCACGGUGCUGCACCUCGCCGCCACCUAUGGGCUACCCCGCGUGCUCCAGGCUGUGAUGGCAUCGGGGGUCCCGGUCAAUGUGGAGGCCAGGAACUUUGAAGGCCAGACCCCGCUGCACUGCGCCGUGCUGUCCCAUAACGCCUCCCUGCGCGCCGGGGGGGGUGCCGGGGGGGGGCCCCCCACCCCGACCCCCCAGGAGCGGCUCCUCUGCGUUGAGCUCCUGCUGCGGAUGGGGGCUGACUGCGGCAGCCAGGACAUGAAGAGCAGCCAGACCGUGCUGCACUUGGCCGUCAGGGGGGGCAACCUGGCCCUGACCCACCUCCUGCUGCGCCAGCCCGGGGUGGCCCCCCGCCUCGUCAACAUGAAGGCCCACGGGAACACCCCCCUGCACAUGGCGGCGGCGCUGCCGGGGGGGCCCAGCCAGGAGCCCCUGGUGCGGCUGCUGCUGGCCUGGGGGGCCGACCCCGGCGCCCGCAACCUGGAGCACGACCUGCCCCACGGGCUGCUGCCCCCCGGGCCCCCCGGGGACCAGCUUCGCCUCCUCCUGAAGAGCCGCCGGGGGGCACGCCGCCCCUCCCCCACCUCCUAG